CUAUCCUGGAGAGCUACCAAAGGAAGUGGCGAUGAUGACCAUUUUGAGAGAUUCCCCCAGCCCGCUGCUCAUCAAACUCGAGGAGUGGUUUUUGGUGAAAGAGACGAAAUUGCCUAAUGGGGUAAGUCUAUUUAUUCAGCACAUUUCAUGCACGAUGCACUGCAAGAGGAUUUGUCUUGUUUCUUAUUGUUGUCUUGAUUUUGUAACUAAAAAGUCUUAAAUCCAGAAGCGUUUCUGGACAAGAACAUAACUUUUGUCUUGUUUUCAGAAAAGCACGUGGGUUAAUAAUAUGCCAGUGCGGUAAGCGAAAUAAACUCGUUUCUACAUUAAAAUCUAUCCUGAAUGUAACUGGAAGCCAGUGUAAAGACUGACCUGAGGACUGCUGUCAUGUGCUUGAUUUUAAUUGACUGCAUUUGCUUUCAGGAAGUGCAGAAGACAAUAGCGUUGGUGAUAGAGCAUCCCGGCCCAUGCAGAACACUAGCAGAUUUCCUGCAGGAGCACCAACACCUGGAGAGGAGAGACGCUCGCACACUGAUCCAGCAGAUUGUGAAAGCGGCUCAAGCGUGCACGAGGCAGGAAAUUUGUCAUCAUGAUAUUCAUAAUCGUAAUAUCCUGGUCAUGGGCCCACCUCUGCACAUUAAGCUGAUAGAUUUUGGAUGUGGGAUGCACAUCUUCCAUGAUCCAGAGAAUCACCCACGGCCAGAUAUAAGGAUAUCUCCAGAGAGAGCGGAAAAAAGGACGGUGAAUCAGCUGGUUGACAUCGUGGAGGAUAUAGCAAGACAUUGUUCCAGCAUACCUACAGAAUUCAUGGCAUUUAUGGGUACCUGCUGGUCCCCUUUUAAUGCUGAAGGAGAGAUCCAGCGUACAGUGGAGGAGAUUCUGGAUCAGCCGUGGCUAAGAGACUAAUGAAAAUAAAGACAAUUCAUGAACAUGUGGAGUUUAUGCUUUCCACCCUGACACAGGACCUGUUUUAGAGGAGAUUAUAGAGCACAAGUGGUUCAGCAUGAAGUAGACCCCAUCAGCAGCAGGAAACAGGUUUUCAGACUUCCAUUUAUGUCAAAUUGUUGUCGUGGGCCGGUUUUAAGGCUUUUUCUCUUUAACAGAGAUAGGAUAGGAUGGUGUAGAUGGCGCUGACGGGGCAGGAUUAUAUGGGCCAAUAAGCUAGAAAUAAGAGCCUCCUGCCACAGACAUAUUUGACCCCAGGUGUGGAUUUCUCAGAUCUGAUGAGGAUUAUUUCUAGUGCUGCUGCUCACACCUUUCUGCUUUCUUCUUCUUUUCACUUGUUCUACAAGCGAGCGCUGGAUUUCUGCAGAUGAGCUUUAACAUAAACAAGUAGUUCAAGUAGUUUAAUGGAAACAUUUUGAACAGCAGGGUUUGCUAAAUAACAGCAUUUUAGUAAAGACUGGGGGAUUUAGACAGUGUUUAUGGGCACAAAUGUAUUUUAGAGUAUGACUUUAAUAGAUUUGAUUGACAUUAAUAAUCUUAUUGAUAAUGUUGUGGAGAUCCUGUGCUUGUUUGGAGAAAACUGAAGGUUUGAUAGUUAAAUGUGUUAGGGUUUAGGGUUAGACAUGACGACUUCUCCAUCACUGUUGUGUGUUCACUGCACAGAUUGUUAUUUAAGAGAAAUUAAUUAUUAUACACUUCUCUGUCCUCACCUGUGCGCAUCAGCCGCCAUUAGAGUGACGUCAGCUUCCCUCCUCGCCUGAUUGGCUGGAGGAGGUGCUGUCAAUCUAGAGCUAAUGGACCAAUGGGGACGCUUUAGCCGGCCCUCAUUUGCAUGCAGCUCUGACUGCGACACUCGCAGGAGGAAGUGCAGAAUCUGAGAAGCAGAAGCGGAAAACAGCAGAAUCUCAGAAAUCAAUGGAAGUCUGAAUUCCUGAUGAUUUUAUUUGGUCACUGACCACAUGUGUGCUGCUCUUCCUAUCAUUUCUGUGAAAUUGAGAGCGGCCUACGAACCCCAUGGAGUGUGUUGA